AUGUUGCGUGUGCUGAGAAAAUUCCAACAACUGCGACGUUUCUCGUCCGCGGCUUUACCGGCGCCGGACACGAAUCCGCCGAUUCUCUAUGCCGGUAUUUUUAUCAAUAAUGAAUGGCAUAAAUCCAGAAGCGGCAAAACAUUUCCUACUAUUAAUCCAUCCACCGGUGAAGUAAUCGCUGAUAUACAAGAAGGUAGCAAGGAGGAUAUUGAUAUUGCUGUGCAGGCUGCUAACAAGGCUUUUAGAUUGGGUUCACGAUGGAGAACUAUGGAUGCGUCUCAAAGAGGAAUUCUCUUAAACAGAUUGGCAGAUCUGAUAGAGCGUGAUCAGAAAUAUCUCGCGUCUCUAGAAACCUUAGACAAUGGCAAACCAUAUUCGGCUGCAUACAGCGUUGACGUGCCUUUUAGCAUUCAAGUGCUAAGGUAUUAUGCAGGAUGGGCCGACAAAAAUCACGGAAAAGUUCUGCCAGCAGAUGGAAAUUUCUUUGCAUAUACCAGACAUGAGCCAGUAGGAGUAUGCGGUCAAAUUAUUCCGUGGAACUUUCCAAUGCUGAUGAUGGCUUGGAAGUUGGGACCAGCUCUAGCUACGGGAAAUGUUAUUGUCCUAAAACCGGCGGAACAAACUCCAUUGACAGCUCUCUACGUGGCACAAUUAACGAAAGAAGCCGGAUUUCCUGACGGAGUAGUCAACGUUGUUCCCGGUUAUGGUGAAACCGGAGCUGCUUUAGUGGCUCACGAUAAGGUCGACAAGAUCGCGUUCACGGGUUCUACAGAAGUCGGCAAAUUGAUACAACAAACGGCUGGCAAGACUAAUUUAAAGAGAACUACGUUGGAAUUGGGAGGAAAAUCUCCCAAUAUCAUUCUUAGCGAUGUCGACAUGAAUUACGCGGUGGAAACCUCGCAUUUUGGAUUGUUCAUGAAUAUGGGUCAAUGCUGUUGCGCGGGCUCGAGGACUUACGUUCAAGAUAAGAUUUACGACGAGUUUGUAGAGAAGAGCGCACUUCGCGCCAAGUCUAGGACUGUGGGAGAUCCGUUUGACUUGAAGAUAGAGCAUGGCCCGCAAAUCGACCAGACGCAAUUGGACAAAAUCAUGUCUCUGAUAGACUCUGGCAAGCAACAAGGUGCUAACUUGGUAACAGGUGGUACGCGCGUUGGCGAUAGAGGAUAUUUCGUCGCGCCAACGGUAUUCGCGGACGUUAAAGACGAUAUGACAAUCGCCAGGGAAGAAAUAUUCGGUCCGGUUCAACAAAUCUUGAAAUUUAGUGACCUGGAUGAAGUCAUUGAGCGCGCUAAUGAUACCCAUUAUGGAUUAGCUGCUGCAGUGUUCACGAAAAAUCUUGACAAAGCGAAUUAUAUAAUUCAAGGUCUUCGUGCUGGUACUAUAUGGGUCAAUACAUAUAACGCAAUAAUUUCUCAAGUUCCAUUUGGUGGUUUUAAAAUGUCUGGAAAUGGCAGGGAGCUUGGAGAAUAUGGUCUUCAGGCGUACACGGAAGUAAAAAGUGUAAUCGUCAGACUUCCAGAGAAAAUCGCAUAAAAUUUUAAUUUUUUACGAUGAAUAUUUCUAUAAGCAUUUUUUACUCGAAAAGGAAAUGUAGAUAUAGUUAGUAGAAGUACUCUUUAAACACAAAAAAA